AAAAAGUGUUCUGAAGACUGGAAGCUUGUGCGAACUGCUUCGUUCUCCAGAGGAGGACAACUGAGUUUCACUAACUUGGACUUGCCACUGCCCGACCACUUCCAGGCUUCAUUUGGGUUUCAGACCUUUCAACCCAGUGGUGUGUUAUUAAAUCACCAGACACGGACAAGUAGCCUGCAGGUCACUCUGGAAGAUGGUCACAUUGAAUUGAGCACCCGGGACAAUGGCAGCCCGAUUUUCAAAUCUCCACAGAUAUACAUGGAUGGCUUACUGCACUAUGUAUCUGUAAUAAGCGACAACUCAGGCCUCCGGCUUCUCGUGGAUGACCAGCCUCUGAGAAGGAACCAAAGACUACAAGGCUUUUCAAAUUCCCAGCAAUCUCUCCGCCUGGGCGGGAGUUAUUUUGAGGGUUGUAUCAGCAAUGUUUUUGUCCACAGGUUAUCACAGAGUCCUCAAGUCCUAGACCUGGCCAGUAAAUCUACCAAGAGAGAUGUGUCCCUGGGAGGAUGCAGUUUAAACAAACCACCUUUUCUGAUGCUACUUAAAGGUUCUACAAGGUUCAACAAGGCUAAGACUUUCAAUAUCAACCAGCUGCUCCAGGAUGCACCAGUGGCCUCCCUGAAGAGCACAAAGGUAUGGCAAGAUGUGAAGUCCUGUCUGCCACCUCUUAGGGCCCAGGCCAGUCAAGGAGCCCUUCAGUUUGGGGACAGUCCCACCAGCCACUUGCUAUUCAAGCUUCCCCAGGAGCUGCUAAAAUCCAGGUCACAGUUUGCUGUGGACAUGCAGACAACGUCCUCCAGAGGGCUCGUGUUUCACAUGGGCACCAAGAACUCCUUCAUGGCUCUUUAUCUUUCAAAGGGACACCUCAUCUUUGCUUUGGGGGCAGAAGGGAAGAAACUGAGGCUCAGGAGCAAAGAGAAAUACAAUGAUGGGAAGUGGCACACGGUGGUGUUCGGGCAAGAUGGAGGAAAGGGGCGCCUGGCUGUGGAUGGGCUGAGGGCCCUGGAGGGCAGCUUAUCUGGAAAUUCCACCAUCAACACCGCAGUGCAAGUUUAUCUGGGAUCAUCACUAUCAGGGAAACCAAAGAGCCUUCCCCAAAACAGCUUUGUGGGAUGCCUGAAGAACUUCAAGCUGGAUCUAAAACCCUUGGAUUCCCCUUCUGAAAGCUUUGGGGUAUCUCCCUGCUUGGGUGGCUCUUUGGAAAAAGGCAUUUACUUCUCCCAAGGAGGAGGUCAUGUCAUUCUGGCUAAUUCUGUAUUGUUGAGUCCAGAAUUUAAGCUUGUUUUUAGCAUUCGCCCAAGAAGUCUUACUGGGAUCCUAAUACACAUCGGAAGUCAAUCUGGACAGCACUUAAAUGUUUAUAUGGAAGCAGGAAAGGUCACAGUGUCUGUGGACAGUGGGACAGGUGGAACCUUGACAUCAGUCACACCAAAGCAGUCUCUUUGUGAUGGACAGUGGCACUCAGUGGCAGUCACCAUCAAACAACACAUCCUGCACUUGCAACUGGACACAGACAACAGUUACACAGCUGGCCAGCUUACCUUUCUACCUAACAGCACCCAGGGGUUGCUACACAUUGGAGGUGUCCCAGCCAACUUAAAGACACUGGCAGUCCCUGUGUGGAGAUCAUUUUUUGGCUGUUUGAAGAAUAUUCAAGUCAAUCACAUCCCUGUCCCUGUCACUGAAGCCAUGGAAGUCCAGGGAUCUGUCAGUCUAAAUGGGUGUCCUGACCACUAA